CUCGCUAAUUUACUUUCCUGUCGUGGGUUGACAAACAAACCCAACUCUCAUUUCCAUAAAUUCUUCGUCGCUCUCUCCAAGCAAUCCGCAACCCUCUCAAGAAUCUUUGUUCAUUUUACUAACAAUUCAGGUGUAUGACAGCUUAUUUAAGACUCUAGUGGUUGUGCUUUUGUGUUUCGUUUAGGAAUUUUCACAAACACCUGCAAAAUGCAUGCCAAUACGGAUUCUGAAGUCACCAGUCUCGCACCAUCUUCUCCCACAAGAUCUCCCCGUCGUCCAGUGUACUAUGUUCAGAGCCCGUCACGGGACUCUCACGAUGGAGAAAAAACAGCCACGUCGUUGCAUUCCACGCCGGUGCUUAGUCCCAUGGGAUCUCCACCACAUUCUCACUCCUCUAUUGGCCGCCACUCUCGUGAGUCUUCCUCCAGCAGAUUUUCUGGGUCGUUGAAACCUGGAUCCCGCAAAAUCUCUCCCAACGAUGGAUCUAGGGGUGCUCAGAGAAAAGGACAGAAACAAUGGAAAGAGUGUGCAGUGAUUGAAGAAGAAGGGCUUCUGGAAAAUGAAGAGCGUGAAAAGGGUAUUCCUCGUCGCUGCUAUUUCCUUGCUUUUGUUCUAGGUUUCUUCGUUCUCUUCACUAUGUUCUCUUUAAUUCUCUGGGGCGCCAGCAAGCCACAGAAGCCCAAAAUCACAAUGAAGAGUAUAACGUUUGAACAUUUCACAAUUCAAGCGGGCUCAGAUUCCACAGGAGUGGCAACUGAUAUGAUCACUGUAAACUCCACAGUGAAGAUGAUUUAUCGCAACACAGGAACAUUUUUCGGAGUCCAUGUAACAUCCACACCUGUAGAUCUUACCUUUUCGGAAAUCACCAUAGCCUCAGGAAGUCUGAAGAAAUUUUACCAAUCAAGAAAGAGCCAAAGAUCAGUUGCAAUAUCUGUAAUGAGCAACAAAAUCCCUCUGUAUGGAAGUGGAGCAAGUCUGAGCAGUUCAACGGGGACGACUACACUCCCUGUGCCUCUAAAACUGAACUUCGUCGUGAGAUCAAGAGCUUACGUUUUGGGAAAACUGGUUAAGCCAAAAUUCAACAAAAGAAUUGAAUGUGAUGUUACUUUUGAUUUAAAGAAGCUCAAUGUCCCAAUCUCGCUCAAGAAAUCUUGCACAUACAAUUGAUUGAUGACCGCGUCAAGAUCGAUUACGAAUCUUUUGCAUUUUGAAAUUCCAUUUAAUUUAUUGUUUUGUUUCUAUACGUGGAAUUGAGGAACAGCUAUGCUUUGAAUAUGGGAUAUGGGUGCGGAAAAGAUUUCGA